AGAUUGCCAAAAUUAUUAACUUUUUAUUUUCCGGCUGAACUCAGCGAUUAUAAUAAUAGCCUCAAAAUAAGUGUGGAAAAUCUGGUCUUUCAAGAACCAGAAAUUAAAAAAAAUGGUAAAGUAAUUCCCGAGACCGAGGAAAUGGCUCGGGUUCCUUUACUCGAAAAUGAUUUAAAAAAAAGCAUUAUCCAGUGGAUCGGAGAGAGUUUCAAAAUCGGAAAAUUCUCUUGUGAAAAAAAAUCUUUUUCUGCUAAAGAGUUAAAAUCUCUGUUAGUUCAAACCAAAAAAAAAUUACAAGAAUUAGAAAAACAGGAACCAACCAAAGCCUCCGAAACCAUUAUUUGGCACCUAACCAAAAAAAUAAAAAUGUUGUCGGAGGAUCAAUAUCAGGUCUGGGAAAUAAAAGAAAACAAGACCAAAAAAGCCGAAAAAAAAUUAAAAUUGUCGUUAGAAAUCUUGGAAUUGGAAGCAGAACAGAUAGCCAUCAGUUUUCACUGCGAACAAGAGCAAAAAAUUGAUUUUUGCCACUUGCCAAAAAUGAACCCACAAGGAAAUUUCAUUAUUAACGGCCACGACAAAGUGGUGGUUUUUCAGUCUGUCCGCGCUCCCUCAGUUUAUUAUUUUAGAGAAGAGGAAGAAGAAAAUGCUAAAAAGCCUCACUCCAUUGAAUUAAAAUUUCUUAACUCGGGUCUUGUGGUCGACUGGUUGGCUGUUUUAAAGACUUUCGCCGUCUCUCCUGAAAUUCUUCAGACCUUAUUUAGCGAGGAGGAUCUAAACAUAGCCAAUUAUUCUGAAGUCCAAGCAUUAGAAACUGGAGCAGGUCGAGCCAGUUUGCCACAUUUUUUAUUUACUGAAAGCAAAGGCACUUCUUAUUUUAAUAUUGGAAAAUUAGGACGGCGAAGAUACAACCAAAAAAUAGACCUUUUUCAACAAUUAAGGGAUCAAAAAUUAGCCGAGGAUCUACUGGAUAAAAGCGGCCAAGUAAUCCUGAAAAAAAAUGCUGUUUUCAACGAAAAAAAUCUAGCAAAAUUAGCGAGUACUCUCCAAAAGAAAAAAAUUAAUAGUUUUUCUGUUCCACGUUCGACCAAUGACUUAUAUGUCGUUAAAGUAAAAUCGCCACGUCAACCGGAAAAAAUUAUCCCAGUGGUAGGAAUUGGCGAAAAAUUGUCGGAGGCAAAAACCUAUUUUGACUUGGCCGACCUAAUUUGUGCCGUUUCUUAUUACGUCAAUUUGCAUCAUGGUUUAGGCAAAACCGAAAAAAAAGAAGAUGAGGACAAACUAGAAAAUCAGGUUAUUCGGCGGGUCGGUGACCUAGUUUACAACAUUUUUGAUAAUAAAUUGGGGGGAUUUUUACAAGAAAUUGGUGACAAAUACUUAACUAAUUAUCUUUCUCAAUUAAAAAAAGUCGACUUUGCCAAAAUACCUAAUUUAAAAGAUUUUGAUGCUCUUGUCAGACACUUUUUCAACACCUCGUCUUUGGUUCGAUUACAAAAUCAAAGCAAUUUCUUGUCGGUUAUUUCCGACGGGCUAGUAUCCAGCGUAAUGGGAUUAGGAGGUCGUAAUGCGGUUAAUGCCACCUUGUCUGCUCGUAAUGUAGAUGCCUCUUUUAUCGGUCGUUAUGACCCGAAUGAAACUCCCGAAGGUCGCAAUACGGGCUUGGUACGUCGUAUAACUAUCGGUGCCGAAAUAAAUGAGGACGGGCAAUUAACAACUCCUUAUUUUCCUGUCCAGAACGGUGUAAUUAUUCCUAAACCAGUUCACUUAACCAGCGAAGAAGAAAAAGACAAAUAUAUCGCCCAUUUUAAUACUAAAAUUGACGAAAAAAAUAGGAUUGUUGAAGAAACGGUAAUGGCUAUUCACCAAGAGAAUUUCGUCCGCGUACCUAAAGAGAAAAUAAAUCUCAUUUACAGUUCUUUUUAUCACUUAAACUCCGUAACUGGUGCCACUAUUCCUUUUUUUAACCACAACGACGCUACUCGUAUGCUUAUGGCAACCAAUAUGCAGCGGCAAGCCAUAACUUGCUUGAAAAAUCAAGAGCCAUUAAUUGCUAGCGGAAUCGAGGCUAACCUGUUAGAAAAUUCCCCCUUGACCGUCAAGGCUGAGGAAAAAGGAGUAGUAGAAUAUGUGGAUAGUCAGCAAAUUAUCCUUAAAAAGAACAAAAGUAAAAAAAUUUAUCCUUUAGAACAAUUAGUAGUUUCCAACAAAAAUACUUUGGGAUUUUCUUUACCGCUAGUAAAAAAAGGCGAAUCAGUCUCAAAAGGGCAAAUUCUGGCUUGCGGAAAUCAGGCUAGUAAUGGCGAAUUAUCUUUGGGAUAUAAUUUACGAGAUGCUAUUAUUUUGAGCGAAAGAUUAGUCAAAGAGGAUAUUUUAACUUCCUUUUUUGUCAAAGUACAUACUAUUACACUUCACAACACCAAAUAUGGUCCAGAAAUAUUUACGGUCCCUCGCGCUGGGAAAAAACAAUAUCCUCACUUAGGAAAAAAUGGCAUGGUAAAAAUUGGCAGCCGAGUGAAAGGUAAUGAGGUCUUAGUAGGAAAAAUAACUCCUGAACCUAGCCCUCAUAAGGAGUCCGAAGAGGAAUCAUUGCUAAUGAGUAUUUUCGGGGAAAAAGCCCGGCGUUUUGUUGAUUCCUCUCUCCGUUUGCCAGCCGAAGAAGCCGGUAUAGUUUAUGAUAUCAAAAGAAAAAAAUUUCCCAAAACUAAUAGAAGGAAUUUAGAAUUAGUCGAAGUUUAUGUCGCCCAAAAAAGGAAAAUCGAAGUGGGUGAUAAGUUGACCACUCGUUUUGGCAACAAAGGAGUAGUAGCUAAAAUUGUGUCGGAAGCCGACAUGCCUUUUGACGAGCAAGGAAAACCUAUCGACAUAAUUUUCAAUCCCCUCGGCAUUCCCACUCGUAUGAAUAUCGGUCAAUUAUUAGAAACUGUUUUAGCUGCAGCAGCCCAUAAACUUAACAGCAAAUUGCUUUGCCGACCUUUCAACUCUCCCUCUCCGUCUGCCAUCAAAGAAAUCAUCCAAGAAGCCGGCUUGGAAAAUUAUGGAGCCACAAAAUUAUUUAACGGCCAAAACGGCUUACCUUUUGAAAAAAACAUUUACAACGGCUACAUAUAUACUAUUAAAUUAAAUCACAUGGUUGCUGAUAAAUUCCACGCUCGGAAUGUGGGUCCUUAUUCACUCAUUUAUCAGCAGCCUGUCAAGGGUCGAUCCCAAAAUGGUGGUCAAAGAUUUGGAGGAAUGGAAGUCGAUUGUGCAUUAUCCCAUGGAGCAUCCUAUAACAUUAGCGAAAUAUACGGCUCUAAAUCGGACGAUAUUGCCAAACGAAAUUUAUCCCAAUACUCCUUAGUAUUUGAUGACCGUCAAAUUGACUUGCGCAGUAAUAAUU